CGGCCUUUAGUUCCAGCAUGGUGGCCUCCGGUAAGGGCCGCGUGGAGGAGGGCUUCUUGGGGUUCAGCGAGCAGUCGAAAUGCGGACAGAAGGGGACCUUGAAGAGGAAGCGGGUGAACCGGAAUAAGAAGAAGAACUGGAAGCGGCACAGCGAUGUUCAGGAUGUGGAGGAGUUCCUGGACGACGUGCGGCUGCAGGAGAGGACUGCUGGUGGCCUGUUAGCAGAGAAGAAGGAUGAAAGCUUGUUCUUUGUGGAUACUGGUAAUGAACAAAAAGAUUCUAAAGUCAACAAACGUCGUGAAAAGCCCCUGAGGAUAGACCUCAUUUUACAACCAGAUUCUAAAGUACCAGUGCCCAAAGACAUUCUAUCUCACCAAAUACCCAAUGGGCAGAAGCUUAAGAGGAAACGUGAGCGAGUGGAGAAAUUGGAGAAGAAAGGAGUUCUUCCUCGAUCAGAACGACUUCUGAGGGCACAGCUAAACAAGCCCAAAACGCUCAAACCAGAAGCCAACAACAACCCAUCUCGGGGAUUCUAUGACAUGUGGGGAGACAAUAAUCCCUUGGAUUCUGCGCUGGAAGGAAAAGAUCAGUGGUUUCUGCAACAGACCAAAAAGGGUCAUGUCAAGCGUCCAGAUAGACUGAACAAGAAACCAUCUCAGCUACCUGCAGUUGAAGUUGCAGCUCCCGGGGCCUCCUACAACCCAACAUAUGAGUCACACCAGGUGCUGCUCCUCCAGGCUCAUGAGGUGGAAGUAAAGAAGCUAAAGGAAGAGGAGAAAUUGGAGAGACAGUUGAAGCUCCCUGCUGGGGCUCAACUUCCUACAGAGGAAAGCCGCCUACAAGAACUGUGUGAGGGUCUAGUGGAGGAGUCUGAAGAUGACAUGGGUGAAGAAGAGAGCGAGGCGCAAAAAACCGCUUGUAUGCCUCGGAGAGAGCGAAAGACUGAGCGCCAGAGGAGGAAGGAGAAAGAAGCUAAAUUUCGGAAAGUCCGACAAGACGCAGAAAAAACAGAUCGGCUGCGACGUCAAGGCCUCUUCCAGCUGAAGUCCCUCCAUGCAUCCCUGAAGACCAGACAAGGCGAGCUCUUAAAACGCAAGAAGCUUCGCGAGGAGAAACGCAAAUUACAGGCCUUACAACCACGGCGCUUGGGUCGUCUCAGGUACAAGGAGCCCGAUAUUGAUGUCCUUCUGAGUGAAGAGCUAACAGACUCCCUGCGGAAGAUAAAGCCAGAGGGAAGUCUAGCCAAAGACCGAUUCAAAAGUUUCCAGAAGAGAAGUCUCAUUGAACCAAGAGAGCGAGCCAAGUUCAAACGAAAGCUGAAGGUAAAAUACGUGGAGAAGCGGGCAUUCCGAGAGAUCACGUUAUAGGUUACAGCGUGGCCCCGUAUUGGUCCUUGGCACA